AUGACAGAAAUGCAAUGGCUUAAAACAUGUUUCCGAUGUACAGAGGGGAUUAGGUAUAUCUGCAAAAAUUGUCGGGACAGUUUCUGUGAAAAAUGUGUGCAAGAACAUGUGGAACGAUUAAGAUAUGUUCAACAUUCUAUAGUUCUGUACAGAUACAAGAACUCUAAAGUGGACAUUCCAUCCUGCAACAAACAUCCUUGCUACAAACUUGAUACUUUCUGUCGACGAUGUCUUGUUCCUCUUUGUCUGAAAUGUUGGACCUACUCUAAAACACAUGCCAAUCACAAAUUUGGUUACAUGACAGAGUUAAUUGAUAUCAGAAAAGAAGAAAUCUUAUUCGAGUCAAACAACUUACAGUCGGUUAUUAUUCCAAACCUGCUAAACAAAAGCAUUUCUCUAGAAAAGGAGUUGACAGAGGCAGAAAAUGAAUUUGAUGAUGCAUUGAAGAACAUGGAGGAAACAAAAUGCAACAUUCUAGAAGAUAUAAAUAAAGUGUUUAAAGAUCUACAGGGACGAACUAAUAAAAAGAAGGAAAAUAUGUUAUCUAUAUUCAGAAACAAGGCCGUUCAAGUAAAAGACGCUCACUCCAAAGCAUUGCAAGUGCUUCAAAGAAACCGCUCAGUUGUACAGCUGGAAGAUGACAAUGGUUUACAAAAGAUACUAAACUACAAAGCGUAUGAUGAACCAUGUUUCUCAACUCAUGGACAUCAUUUGGACAAAGUCCAUAAUGAUCUUGAUGACCCUAUUGUUGUGCAUGGCAGAUCCUUAAAUGUGGUACAAGAGGUUCAUUCUGGUGGGUUCGGAAGUCUUGUGGUUGACCUCCAAUAUAGUUCUACAGAAGACGGGUCCAUCUCUGAUGGAUAUAUUAAUAGACGUUCGUCUGAAAAUCCAGGUAUUCAAAUUGCAUGUCCAAAAAGACCACAUGACAUUACGGUAUUCAAUAACGAAAUAUGCUAUAGCUGUGGAAGUGAAGGGGUUUUCAUUGUGGAAAAUGGAGAGUCGAAACUGUGUCUUUCAAUUCCUGGAUGGCUAGCCGAAGGAUUGUGUGCAACAAGUAAAAAUGAGCUUCUUGUUUGUGUCUCCAAUUCUUCGUCACAAGAAAUUAAAAUUAUCAGAUGUGAUGCAUCGAGGGACAAAUCAGAAUUAAAGAUAACUCAAGAAAUUCAAUUUAAUGGAGAACAACCUUUAUUUCAAUUCGGAGAAUACGAACUCUUCAUAGCUGAAAACAAAAAUGAAGACAUUUGUGUCUCUGACACAAAUGCUGAUGCAGUCAUCGUCGUCGACAAAUUGGGAAAAUUAAGAUUCAAGUACCAAGGAGAAGUUAUGUUUGAUAAAAUAUUAUUUAGACCUGACCAAAUCAUCACGGACUCUCUUUGUAAUAUUAUUGUUACUGAUUAUAUGAACAAUUGCUUGCAUAUUCUUGAUCAAAAUGGCUUAUAUCUGAAAUGUGUGGACAAUUGUGGAUUAGACUUUCCCAUACCCUUAGAUAUUGACGAGGAAGGUAAUCUGCUGGUUGGAAUGUACCUCUCCGGGCAGAUUAAAGUGAUACGUUAUCGAAUUUGA